UACUUUGUUGCUUCCUGCUUCUGCACUGGGCUACAAAGCAAAGUCGCCUAUCGUGUCGUUUUCGCCGCCGUCUUCUGAAAAAUACAGGCCAAUAUAUCGAGCAGAGAUGGACGUCCUGACUGUAUUACCGUCCAGCUUUGGAUAUGUCAUAUUUACCUACCUCUACAGCUGGAUUAUGCUGGGGUAUUUAGCAGUUAAGGUUGGGGGUGCCAGGAAGAAGUACGGCGUUCAGUAUCCCACUAUGUACAGUGACAAGGAGCAGGUGUUCAACUGUAUCCAGAGAGCACAUCAGAACACCCUAGAGGUGUACCCUCAGUGGCUUGUCUUCCAGACCAUUGCAGCUCUUGUCUACCCGUUAUCAGCAUCUGUGCUGGGGGCUAUUUGGGUGACCAGCAGGUUUUCCUAUGCCUGGGGCUACUACACAGGAGAUCCAGCCAAGAGGAUGAAUGGUGCCUAUGGCUACAUUGGAUACUUUGGUGUCAUCAUUCUGUCCAUAUCUGUAGCCUUGCAAUUGCUUGGAGUCUUUUAAGACGAUUGUCAUCUUGUAUUUGCCCAUCUGACGUUUAGUCAUUUAUAUUGGCUUGCAUGGCAUUUUCAAAUGUAUCAGCUAUAAAGUAGUUGUACAAUUAUUUAAAUGCUAAUUUCAAAUUAUGAUACUAAACAUAUUUUUAUGGACCACUAACUUGAUACUUGACAUCUUUAUAUUCCAAUAUUUGUCAUGAAUGUCUACUCCAUGUAAUCAUCGACAAUAAAGUAGAUGCUACAGACCCA